GCAACGCCGGCCGGCGUUCCAGGAUCGCCGCGCUUUCACCUCUCCCCGCGCCACUCUCUCAGGUCAGGGCCCACCCACCAUUGGAAUACCUCAUUCUGCACUCUCUUGACCUCACCUUCUUCUCGUCUUUCCACACCUCUAGCAAGCCACCCCGCCCUUUCCCAAGCCCAGCCCCGCCCACCCUCGCCACUCGGAGAUGUUUACGUCUCCAAAGAGCCCUCACGCCUGUAACCAAAAGAGGGGGGAGGCGGGGCCUGGCGUUGUCACGUGACUGUACUACCCUGGACCGCCGGGAGAGCGGGCCGCACUACUUCCCCGUUCACGUCGGCGGAGGGAUACACAACGAAAUAGCUCACCGGAAGUGCGCUGUCCGCACUCCGGAACCCGCCCGGGCUUUCGGCUGAUUUGGACCGUCCGACCCGCGGGUCUGAUAAUCCUCUGACGGGUUUUGGUCGGCGGAGAAUGGUCUCUAAACUUCCCAAACCGCCUCCGUGGCACGUGCUGUGAAAGGAAGUGCUCCUCUGAUGACCAAUCAGCGGCGAGAAGCUCUUUUAACGUCCCUCCCUCUUUCACUCCUCCUUCCCUGCGCUUUGGUUCGUGCGCCCGCGCCCCAGCGUCGGGUCUGCGUGGAUCGGCCCUUCCAGGACACCGUCGCCUGCCCGGCCGCGUCGGAGUCCGGCGGCGACCUGCCUUCGAGACAUGGCAGGUUCGGAGGCUGAGUGGGUAACCAUUGCCAAUAACCUUCUUUUUAAGUGUCACAUACAUCUGAGAAUACAUGAACUUCAAGACUGUGAUGCUAAUGUUUUUAUUGCUCUUUAUCAGUCUAUUUUGGGAGAAAAGGUACCAGACCUCAUAGCUAUUCCUAGGAGUCAAGAGGAUGAUGCACACAAUGUGCAAGCAGUAAUUGAUUCGCUGGCCUUGGAUUACUUGCAGGUCAGCUUGUCUCACAUAACAGGAGAAAAUAUAGUGAAAAGAGAUAAAGAAUCUAUUAAGAAUCUCCUGGAAAUAUUUGAUGGUUUGUUGGAGUAUCUUACAGAACGCAUCAGUGAAACAUCUCAUGAGAAAAGUGAAACUGAACAGUAUUUUAAAGAAUCCGAUCGAGGAGAACGUUUGGAAGAGCCAGAAAGUACUAAAGAAUCUAAAUCAUCAUGGAAAAGAGUUUCUUUUGGGAGGUGCUCCUUGUCUUCUGAGACGUUGGGCCCCUCUUGGGAUGGAGAUGAAGCAGAAUCCACUGGUGAAAUCAUUAGACUUGGAGACACAGCGCACACCUUUUCUCUAAGAAGUAAUGGUGCUCAAUGUCCUAAUGAAAUGCUGUCUAAAAAAGCCUUAUCCUCACCAAGUUCUAAAUCACAUGAAGAUAUGUUGUACCCUCCUAGUGUUUUGUCCAAGAAUAGGACAUCCUUUGUUGAAGACACGGAAACCCUUUCUGUGAGUGGGAUUCCAAAUGCUAGGAAGCUAGGGGAGCCUAUCCGAGCAGCUAUUCCUUUACAUCCACCCUACCACCCUUCAGAGCCUCGAGCACCCUGCCCCAUAGGAAAAGAAUACUUGCAUUCAAGUCACUGCUCCCCAGCCGUAAAUUCUACUGGAGAGCAUACGGAAUUUUCUGGGGAUCUAGAUGAUAGAGUUUUCUUAAUUUCCAAGUUGCCUAAAGACAGCAAACGGGAAGUAUAUCCAGCUCAGGUCCAAGGGCCUAGGACAAGGAAGCCUCCCAAAGGAAAAAGAAAUGAAAACAGAGCUACAGCCUCAUCCUGCAAUUCACCUUUCCCCCAGAGGCCAAGAAAGAGAUUAACAGAACAAGAAUUACAUGAUGUAUCAGAAAAACUCUCUCAGCGGCUCUCUGAACUAGAUUGGAUGUUAAAAAGUGCUCUGGGUGAUCGGAUUAAAGAAAAGACUGACUAUAAAGAAGAAAAUACUGGAAAUGAAGAGGUAGAGGAUGGAACUGAGGAGACACUGUCUCAGCACAGUGAUGGCAUCGUGGAGUAUGGGCCAAAGAAGUCAAGGCCAGGACUUCCCGUGCGUAGAAAGCCACCCUACAGAUCCCAUUCGCUCUCUCCAUCUCCAGUUAACAAACACAAACAGUUCCACGUGGAGAGAAAAAGGCAGCGCAAGCCAAGAGAAACAGAUAUCCGCCAAUUCCGAGCACAGGCGUUUACCGAAGCAUUUGAAAGGGAACUAAGAAGACAUAAAGUUCAAGAGAAUAUUGGACCUCUAACAAUACAUGAGAAGGAGGAGGAAACAGAAAAAAUAUACAGAGGAGAAGCUGUUCGUAAAGGAACUCCAGAAUGUAGUCAGCCCUGGAAGAUUUACUCUAGAAAAACCACAACUCAGAGUCCAAGAGGUGGCCUCCCAAAGCCAAAUAAAGCAGUUCCAAUGAAAGUAAGUGAACACAGUCUCCUGCCCCUUAUGCUGGAGCAGUUUCCGUUUCUCUAUGUUUCUGGCCCAACAUUAAGCAAAAUGUGGAAACAGCAAAUUGCACAGGUUGAACAGCUUAAGAAAGAGGCAUGUAGAGAAAAUCGAUCAAAGAAGAAACUCCAAGAUGAAAUAGAAGAAGCCCUAAGAAGGCAUGACCUCCUUACUACCCUUGUCAAGAAAGAAUAUGAACAUAACAAGAGACUGCAAGACUUCAAGGACUGCAUUCGUAGGCAAAGGUUGACCCAAUCAAAGAUAAAAGAAAAUCGACAGCAAAUAGUUCGUGCUCGAAAAUAUUAUGAUGAUUAUAGAGUUCAGUUGUGUGCAAAAAUGAUGAGAAUGAGGACCCGGGAAGAAAUGUUAACUAAAGACUUGGACAUACUUCUAGAGGAAGAUACUUGAAAGGCUUUGAGGAGAGGGUAAGUAACUUGUCUAUAGCUCAUGAAUGUGUCGCCGUCAGAACCAGUUUUUCUAUCCAGAGUUUAAACUGAUGAAGGGAGGACAAGUGGGCAUAUCCAAGCUCUUUGAACAGUGUGUUUUCCGGUGGCCUCCCCAAAUGAUCACUCCCCCUCCUCAGUGAUGUACAUGUGUAGGUGUGGCAUGUUUCUGCUCUUGGGGUUCUUACCCUAUGUACGUGGCUGCUUGACAGUGCUUUUCUGAAGGCUGUAAAGAACCUCUGUGAUACAUGAAAAGAAAAUGAACGCCUUAGUCAUUAGGGAAAUACGACUCAGAACCACAGUGAGAGGACAAGUGUUGGCAAGGAUGUGGAGAACUUGGGGCUGUAAAAUGGUGCAGCUGCUUUGGAAAACAAUCUAGCAGUUCCUCAGAAGGUUACCAAAAGGUCAUAUAGAGUUACCCUGUGACCCAGCAAUUUCACUCCUAGCUAUAUAAUCACACAAAAAACACAAAUGUUCAUAGCAUUAUUUAUAAUAGCCUAAAAGGGGAAACAACCCAAAGUGUCCAUCAGUUAAUGAAUGGAUACAGAGUGUGCAUUCAUUCAUACAGUAGGAUGUUACUUGGUAAUAAAAAGGAAUGAAGUAUUCAUACAUAAUGCAGUAUAGAUGAACCUUGAAAACAUGCGGAGUGAAAGAAACCAAAUAUGAAAGGCCACGAAUUACAUGAUUCCAUUUUUAGGAAGUGUCCAGAAUAUUCAAAUCCAUGGAGACAGAAAGUAGACAGACUGGUGACUGCUAAGGAUGGGACAGGGGGAAUGAGCACUAGUCAGUAUACGGUUUCUUUUUGGGGUGGUAAAAAUGUUCUGUAGUGGUGAUGGUUGCACAACUGAGUAUAUAAUAAAACAUACUGAAUUAUUUAUUUUAAAAGGGUAAGGCUGGGCUCAGUGGCUCACGCCUAUAAUCCCAGCACUUUGGAAGCUGAGGUGCAAGGAUUGCUUGGACCAGCCUGGGCAACAUAGUGAGACGUCAUCUCUCCAAAAAAUUAAAAAUUUAGCCAGGCGUGGUGGCACCUGCCUAUCGUCCCAGCUACUUGGGUAGCCAAGGUGGGAGAGUUGCUUGAGCCUGGGAGGUCAAGGCUGCAGUGAGUUGUGACUGCCCCACUACACUCCAGCCUGGGUGACAGAGUGAUAACCUGUCUUAGAAAAAGGAGGUACAUUUUAUGGUAUGUCAAAAUAUCUGAAUAAAACUAGUAUUUAAAAAAAAAAAACUUUGUGAAAUACAAUCAGUAUAUACCUCUAAUUGGCCAAAAUGAUUAUAUUCCUCAAUGACUUUAUUUUUACGAUUAAAUAACUGACAGAUAUUUAAGAAACUGUUUGAAGAAGGUUUAAACAUUCAAAAGCAAAGAUUACGAGACCUAAGAAACUAUGCCAAAGAAAA